GUAAAGUGAAGAUAGUUGGAGAUAAAAGCCUUAGAAAACUCGUUAACAAACAUCAUCGAAGGUGGAAAGAAAAAUAUCCCUCUGAGAAAUAUCCUCUAGAUUCAAAUAUAUUUGAACGUAACAUGUUGAAUUUAAUCAAACCCGGACCAAUUCCAGGCUUUGACUCAGCAGAACAUGGGUUAGUUGAGGAUAGAAGAUCAAUUUCAAGCUCUUCAACACAAAUUGCCUCACAUAACAAUAUUCGACCGCCAUUAAGCUACACACAAGCUAGUUUUUCGGAGUUAUCAUCGCAUGGAUCUCUUCUAGACGAAGAUAAAACGCAUGAAAAGAAAAAA